GCUGAUAGUAACACCGACAUAAGUUUUGUUGAUGAAGGUGCUUACUUGAUUCUGCCCAGGAUUAACUCCAGAGCUGGCGGAAGAUGGCAAAUAGAAUUCAAGACGAUAGCACAAAACGCGGUGAUACUAUACAACGCCGGAGGGGGCCGUUCGGACUUUCUAGCCGUCGAAAUAUUGGAGGGAGUAAUCCGAGUGAAAAUGGCCCGAGGACAGAUCGUGCACACGCUGCGAGUGAACGACGGACAAUGGCACAAACUGCACUUGCUCUUUAAUCCGUCUUUGAUUGAGCUAUCAGUUGAUAACGUGGCGAUGAGCACGCGCAUCGAAAGCGGCGGCACUAGGUACCUCGAAUUGUCUGAUUCUUUCUAUCUCGGCGGCAUUGAGAGCGAGAAGAGGCAGAGGGCUUUUGCUAAAGGGAUUAAAGCUGCCGACUCUAGUAUAAUGGGAUGCAUAAAACCUAUAGAGGUUGACGACAAGAUCUGAUUACCCAACGCCGUGGUAACAUACGGUGUGAGUCCAAAAUGUGUGUGGUGGUAUCCGUGUCAUGCCAGCCCUGGGAAUCCCCCGUGCGUACCUCAAGCGGUGUGCGCCCAACACGGUGUCGACCACUUCACUUGUAAAUGUGAUACCGACUUGUGUAUCAACCCGGACUACAGCGAGAAAUAUAAGGUAUUCUCAAAAUCAAGCAGCGAGUUGGAGUUGGUAGCGUUGUAUCCCUUAACGGUACAAGAAGGUGGGGUUGCUGUGAUUACUACACAGAACAUUGACGUGGUGUUAGACCAUCAUAAGUAUGGCGUCCGGCCGUCUGGAGUGGUCUUGCAUGUGACUCAGUCCCCUCAGCAUGGACGCAUAGCAGUUGACCUGUCGCUGCAGAGAAACUCACCACAAUACAACUAUAUUGAAGGAGAGGGGAAAUCCAAGCAGUUCUUUACGUUGCUGGAUCUGUCUAGGGAUAAGGUACGUUAUGUCCACGACGGGUCAGAAAACCACCACGACGCCAUAGUCCUCGACAUGGAGCUGAUUCAAGAGACAAAGUUCACACUACCGAGCUACCUCCAAGGUCGGAACACCUUCGUACUCCACGUAAAUGUGACGCCUGUGAAUGACCCACCUGUGCUGAAUCUGUUGCCAGGGAAAGUUCUGAGGCUCACUCAGGGUACACGUAAAGUGAUCACCUCGGAUAUACUGAGGGCAGAAGAUCCCGACACGCUACCCGAGGACCUGUUGUAUACAGUGUUGCACGGAAAGAACGAAAUCAAUAGUGGCCACAUAGAGAUGUCGGGCGGUCCGGUGGACUCGUUCACGCAACACGACGUGGACGCGGGGCUGAUCUACGUGCACGGUGCCGGGCGCCGGCGGCUUAACAAGACCUCGCUACGGGUCACAUUGCAGGUAUCAGACGGAAUAGAGACAAGUGGUCCGGGCAUACUGCGCAUAUCGAUAGUUCCACUUCAAGUGAGACUUGUGAACAACACUGGUUUGCAGCUGGUACAUAACUCCUACGCGAUCAUCGCCGCCGACAAUCUCACUUUCACCACUAACGCGGACGAAACUAACGUACAAGUCAAGUAUGAUAUUGUAAAACCGCCUCAGUUCGGUGUGGUGGAGCGGCUGAGGGUACUGGACAGCACGUGGCAGACAGUCGACUCUUUCACUAGCGAAAUGGUAUCAUUCGGACGGGUGCGGUACAUGCAUCUAGUUGGGAAUCCCACCCAUGACGAGUUUAAGUUUAAAGCCUCAGUAGGCUCGAUACGAACGAACACGUUAUACGAUUUUCGACUAACUUUCAUCAGACUGGAAUUGUAUCAAUCGAUGAAUGAAGAGUUAGUGCUAAAUAACACCAGAGAAGCCUUCAUAUCUUCACAACAUUUGCACUUCAAAACGAAGCCGUUGACGCUGCCUAGCGAAAGAAUUUUGUACACAAUACUAAGAACGCCUAAGUAUGGCAUACUUCAUCUAUCGUCGGGAAAACAUCACUUGCAAGCUCAUAGCACGUUUACUCAACAGAAUAUCGACUCUGACCAACUGUGGUACAGGCUGCAUAGACGCGCGUAUUCGCACAUACAGGAUGAGUUCUCCUUUGUGGUGGGCGCGACCGAGUGCGAGAAUAUAACUGGCGUGAUGACAAUACGACACCUCCCCGGCUUGCUGCUACCCGACCACUCCACCGGCCGAGUGCACACCACCUUAGAAAGGCUUCAAGUCACCGAAGGUUCCAGAAUGGUUAUACCCACCACGCAUUUAAAUUUCCGGACCGAUGCUGUGACCAAUUUAAUUUUUAAUAUAACUCGCCUGCCGAAACACGGCAAGAUCGAAGUUAUCAAUGAAAUGUUGAAGGUUCUCAGAGACAACACCACGUAUUUUACGCUCGAAGAAUUGAAUUCUGACAGAGUGUAUUAUUCUCACGAUGAUUCUGAAAGUCGUCAUGAUUCGUUUCAUUUUAUGGCUUUGAGUCCUGAACCUGAAGAUUUUCAAUACGUAGGCGUUUUCCACAUCGAUGUUAUAUUAAAGAACGACAACAGUCCGGUCAGGGUCAACAAUAACGUGUUUCAUAUAGUGCACGGUGGAGCUAGACUGAUAACUGCGAGAGAUCUCAGUUAUGACGACGCAGAUUUGGACACCAAACCUUCAGAUAUCGUUUAUACUGUUCAAAGGUCGCCAAAAGACCCUCCGAAUGGCGGCAUUUUUCGGGCCGACAAUCCUUCAGAACAAAUAGCAACUUUCACGCAGGAUGACAUCAAUAAGAACUUGGUGUUAUUCAAGCAUCAGGGUAAAGAAUAUGGAAGGAUGGCUUUCUGGAUAUCGGAUGGAGUAUUUGAUGUUAAUGGUAAUUUGGAGAUACAGGCAUCGCCGCCGUUCAUAAGGAUGUACCCGUCGAAUGGAUCUAUUGUAGAGAACGGCAAAGCUGUGGUCAUAACUUCGAAGGAUAUGCAGGUGGACACGAACAUGAACUGCCUUGAAGAGGAUAUUCGAUACGAGGUCACUUUAGAGGCUAAACACGGUUCUAUAGAAGUCGGGGAGGGUCAGGGAGCAUACACAUUCACUCAGCUGGACAUAGCGGCAGGCAGAGUUGCUUACAGGCACAGAGAGCCUAAGACUCCUUCUGAUCAAUUCAGGUUUAAAGUAAUGUGUCUAGACACGUGGGGUGAGGGCUUGUACAAUAUCAAGAUAUUCCCAUCAAGCUACUGGGAGCCGUUGAAAGUAACUGCAAACAGACCGCUUGUCGUUGAGGAAUCUACAAGUGUUAACAUCACAAAGGAUAUUUUGGAAGUUAUGCAUCCCCAAAUUGAACCUUCCAACAUAGUUUACAAGGUGACUGAUGGCCCCUACCAUGGUUGGCUCGAAAUUAUCUCGACUCCGGGCACAGUCGAGUUGGAAAAUUAUAACGAAGAGCCCGUACACACGCAAGUCUUCGACCAAUCUGUUAUAAACGUCAACCGACUAAUGUACGUCCAGUCUGGAGUAAAUCGAACCAGAGAUCGAAUAAAAAUGGACGUCACGAACGGCAUAGUGUGGCUGCGUGAUCUCGAACUUACUGUUAUAAUAAUACCGGAACAUUUUUACAUCUUUGCUUCAAAUUUAACCGUCGUUGAGGGUGACGCUAUUAGUGUCAGACCUGACUUGUUCAAGACGAUCACAGAAUAUUACAGAGGUAAAGUGGUGUCGUAUAAAGUGGUCGAGAAACCGAAGUACGGGAAGAUUGUGAUGGGCGAGCAAGAGUUAAAUUUGUUGCCCGUUUUGAAGCUCAAUUCAGGAAAUAUACAGUAUGUAAACGACGGGUCGGAAGAGGCCGCAGACUCGUUUAGGUUGGUCGCACUCACUGAGAAUAAUAAAGAGAGUGAGCCCUUCACUGUUCGAAUCACUAUAGUCCCGGUUAACGACGAGACUCCCAUUGUGGCGGCUAACACGGGUCUAUGUGUAUGGGAAGGAGGCACCUUUACUUUCACGAGAAACGAACUUUAUGUGAACGAUAUCGAUACUCCGCUCGAAAAUGUUACGAUUCAGGUUGUCGACAUAGUGUCUGGUUAUAUUGCUAUGACGGGUGAUAUCGAAACGCCCGUGCUUACCUUCAGUCAAGCUGACAUUGAUAACGGCCGAGUCAUUUUUGUACAUCGAAAUGGUACAAAGGGAAAAAUGAUAUUCAAUGUUAGCGACGGUCUUCACGAAUUAUCUAAAAUAACUUUUCUCAUUUCGACGAAAUCUGUAUCUUUAAAAUUAAUACGCAAAAACAACCUUCGAGUAUUUCCACUUAUGAGAGAACCAUUGACGAAUAACAUUCUUAUGUCGAAAUGUUCGGAUUCAACCAGACCGAUAGUUUACAAGGUUGACAGAGCGCCGACACUGGGCCGAUUGAUAAUGUUGAACGGAGAGAACCACCAUAGAUCGAUAAAACAAUUUACUCAGGAAGACGUGAAUAAUUCCAUAGUUUAUUACGAACAUACUCAUCCUUUCUCUGAUUUAUACACGAACGACUCCUUUAUAUUCACCAUCGAAGCUGCUCUGGCGAAACCAUUGACUGACCAGAGUUUUAAUAUCGACAUAUCUGUGUCGUCGGGUGGGUUGGCGAGAUACGUGCACAUACCGCCAAUUAAAGUUCAGGAAGGUGACAAAGUUCCGGUGAAAGUGAAUGUGACUAAUGUGAUAGCGUAUUUGGAGACGCAGGCGGGCUUACGUCAACCGCAGAUCGAGGCGCAGUGGUCGCAACCUGCACACGGAGAAUUGAAACCCUUGCUAUCUUCGCUAACCCAGUCACAAUUGGAAAAUGGAGUUGUAAAUUACGUGCAUGAUGAUUCGGAUACGGUCCAGGACAAAAUUGACAUGUCCCUAUACUUGCUUCCCGAUUACGUUCUGCUUUGUAAUGUCACUAUAACAAUACAUGUUAUAGCGGUCAACGAUCAGCCGUUCCGUUUAUUAACGGACACCCCACAAAUACAAGUAGUGCAAGGUGAAAACUAUACUAUAACUAAAAGUGACUUGCUAACGGAAGAUGCCGAUACCGGGCCAGCAGGAAUUCUGUACGAUAUCAUCAGUGGUCCAACACAAGGCCGAAUAGUGAUGCUCGAUAAAAAUCAAUCUGUCGAUGAAGCCCAGUCGAUAAAUAAGUUUACGCAAGAUGAUGUUAACAACGGUAGGGUCAUAUACGAACAUUCAGGGAUAUUGCAGACUGCUACUUUUUACUUUAGAGUGUGGGACGGACAGUUCAAACCUACCUACACUGUUUUCACUAUCGAUGUUGUUCCUGUCAUAUUGAACGCAACGUCACUGCACCCGAUAAAUUUGCAACAAGGUUCUAAUGUAGCCGCUGUCACUACGGACCAAAUAUACGUUGAAACCAACGCGAAAACGUCGAAAGUUUGGUACAACGUAACACGCUCUCCACUCCAUGGAAUGGUUUAUGUCGGCCGUAACCCGGUAACAUUUUUUUCUCACAAAGAUUUAAUUAACAAAGUAGUAAUUUAUAUGCAGAAUGACAUGACAGCAGCAAACGAUAGUUUUGAGUUAAUCGCAUUUGUCCAUAACAGUAACGCGACACCACCCUUCACGAUAGAAGUGGUCAAGGUACAACCGUUAGUGAUUCUCAGCGAUUUGAGAGUCGAUAAUGAUAAGACAAAAAUCACAUUGAACACAAUCGAUGCUACCGGACUCGCGAAGCUGACGGCAAGCGACCCGAUAUACACCUUACUUAGGAAGCCAAAAUACGGCCUAAUAAAAAAGAUAAUCAGAAGUUGAGAGAAAACCAGUGCUCGGGAAAGAGAAGUAGCAUAUUUUACACAUGAAGAUGUAAAGGCUGGUGUAAUGUAUUAUGUUACUAAAAAGAAUAUAAAUGACUUGAAUGGCUUCGAGGAUAGCUUUAGGUUCUUACUAGCGGCGACGAUAUUCCAACCUGCGGUCGGCGACGUAAAGAUACAGAUUGGAAAUCGACAAAAGAAGAAUUUGCCUGGCCCCAACGAUCCAGAGAGUCACGAGGGCGUGCCAGUGUCGAACGGUGAAACAGCAUCGUACUACUUGAUGAUUCUGAUGGCAUUAUCGGGCACCGUGCUCGCUAUACUAGUGAUAUUUGGGCUUCUGAAGUUACGGAGAAUGAUGGGUCGCGACCAGAACGCCAUGGCCAAAAUACACGGCCAGAACCAGGGCGCCGUCGCACCCAUACCUUUGCCUCGGCCGCCGGAUCAUCUUAUGCCGUCACCGACACAAGCCACGCCACCCAUUAAACGGGGAAGCUCUAGUUAUAGUUGCACUUCUACCCUUCGGGAAUAAAAGUGCAAAGUGACUCCGUUGGCAGAUGCCGGACUGCCCGACCUCAACGCUCGGUAUCCAUAUGGCGCUGACGACCAUACAGAUGCUGAAGACUGGAGCAGUUACGAAGCGAGCGAGUCAGCGUACCCGGUCCGCACGCCUGGCGUUGCGCCCGCCAAUCCGAUGCUCCGGCGCAACCAAUACUGGGUCUGACCCAAGGACACAUAUACUUUGCCCAGACCGCCCA